GCCGCUAAACUAGACAGCAUGUUUGAGCUCAGUUGACUCAGACGCCUCUAUGAUCCCUAAAGUGCUCUCUCAGGAGUCAGCUCAGUCGGAUAUAGCACACAGCCUGCGGGUUUUCUGCGGGGCUUGUCUCUCGUGAGAUGAGAUGCGGGAUAAAGAUGGCUUGAGGCGCAGACACAGACAGUUUUCACCGCUCUUCGAGGCUCGAGGGAGAAGAAAGCUUCAGGAAGGAGAAGGCAUUGUGAAGAUGAGCUUUCAGUCAGCCAUCAGCCGUGAGAUUUUUGUCCCAAGAGAUGAAAAGGUACUGGUAGCCAUCGAGGUGAGGAGGAGGAUGAAGAGGAAAGCACUGUCCUUCCUCAAUGCAGGUCGCAAGCGGGACUACCUAACCUACCUCUGCCUAUCAGUUACCAACAGCAGACCAGCUCAAGUCCUCAUUACUAAAGUUAAGAGGUUUCGAGGCACAAGACAGCUUGCUGAAAGGUCUCAGUGGUCCGUGGAGCAGCUGCGGCAGGUCAAUGGCAUCAACCCCAAUAAGGACACUCCUGAGUUCGACUUAGUGUUCGACCGCACCACUGAUCAAUGGAUGGCCAGCUCAGCUGCAGAGAAAUGCAUGUUUGUGCAGGUUCUGUACCACGCUUGUCAAAACUACUGGGAGGCCAAGCUUGCUCAAGCCAGCGCAGCAUCCCCUGCAGACCAGAAGACCCCGGGAGCAACGGAGAACAAGAAGAGCCCUGGAGCUCCGAGCCAAACUAGCUUUGUCAACUGUCAGCAGAAGCUAAUGGGAGAAUGAAGAACAGUGU